AUGACUAAAGUGUUGACAAAUGCCGAUCCUCAAUGCCUAUUUAAGGAAAUUAGAGAACUUGUGUCAGAAUCAUGUAGUGAUUUGAAAGAUCAAACAUUCACAACGCCAUCUCAUAUUUCUUCAAUUAUUUAUCCAUUGACCUUGCGUACUUAUUCUGGAAAAGACACUUUUCCAGUUUUUGUGAAAUUAUUUCACAAACUCUCAAACAGAAAAUUUCUCAUUCGUGGUUUAAAUAACCAAUUACGGAAGAGAUAUCCACAAUACAAAGCUCCAACCUAUUACACAAACCUUUUUCAAACACAUGAAAGCGCAAUUGAUCCACACACGAGGAGACAAUUUCAUUGCAAUCAUUUCGAGAAUGUGAUUCAAAAGAUUUCAGCACAUCCUCUCAAAAUGACUUCACAAUGUAAGGCAUAUGGAAUCUCCAUGGAUAUCAGUCAUUACACACCAGAACAUAGAAAUAGAAAACAUUAG